AGAGAGAGCAGUUGGGCAUGUUAGUAUAGAGUGAAGUGUAAUAAGAGCAUGUAGAUUGCGGCGCUCGCGUAUAGGAAUAAAAUUUAUUUCGGAGCGGUAAGUAGACACGUGGUCAUACUUGCGAAGAUUAAAAAUGAAUCAAAUGCAGUUGUUGAGAAGGCGGUCGAGUUUGUUCAAAAGGUAUACAUCAUACAUCGCCGUAGUCAAUUAUGGGGAGGAUUAAAGAUUGAACAAGUAUCAACUUUAUCUUGAAAGGCAGAAAGUUCUUGAAGCGAUAAAGAGCACGCAGAGAUCCAGUAACCUUCCGACUAACGUUCAACACCUGUACCGACCAAUCAAGUCUAAAAUCCAUAAACAGUCCAAGGUUUUUGACUGAUGGACUCAGAGGUAUAAUUGCUCCAUUAUAAGUUACGGGUGGGAGUGAGCUAAAAUCUAAUCGUCCCAACAAACGGGGACUACCAAUUGACCGUCAAACCAAACCUACCAGACCAAGCGCAUAUAGCCUCAAGAUCCCCAUUCACUCUGCGAACCGCUUCAGACACACAGUCCACAGUAGCCUGCGAAUACAGCUGUAGGUCAUCAGCGUACAGGUGAUAGGAACACUGACUGUGUUAUGAGAUUGAUAAAGAGAGAUAAAAGCAAAGGGGAGAGAAUUACGCCCUGAGGGACACCAGUAUCUAGAUCACGCCAUGAAGACGAAGACUCAUCAAUGCCGACCGAUUGCUGGCGCCCUCGAAGAUAUAAUGUAAACCAUUUCAGCACCUCAGGCGAAAUCAUAAGAUAGGACAGGAUAGAUAAAAGGAUUUCGUGACUGUCGGUAUUAAAGCCAUUAGAGAAAUCCACCAAAGCCAACAAAUAGUGUGUAUAUAGUCAAAAGUUAAUAUUUUUUGCUGCAGACAAUACUCACCCUUACAAGCAGCAUGAACAUUCGUAGGCCUUUGUGCACUUCCCUGGUCAUGGAAGUCAUACGCCAUGGGCUGUGUCGUGUCCUAAAAAAGCACAAUCCCAUCUUUUCGGGAUUGUCGCAAGACUAUUUUUUUUAUUGCUUAGAUGGGUGGACGAACUCACAGCGCACCUGAUUUUAAGUGGUUACUGGAGCCCGUGGACAUCCACAACGUAAAACCGCCACCCACCUUGAGAUAUAAGUUCUAAGGUCUCAAGUUUUAGUUACAACGGCUGCCCCACCCUUCAAACCGAAACGCGUUACUGCUUUACGGCAGAAAUAGGCAGGAUGGUGGUACCUACCCAUGCGGACUCACAAGAGGUCCAACCACCAGUAAAAAUGGCAUCUACUACCGGAUCAGAAUAGCGACCCGCUGUGAAGAAACCGCGAGAAACUCUUCAAUGCGCGUGUUCAAGUUCAACGACAUUUUAUUAAAAAUGAACAAGGUUUAAAUUAAUUCAAAAAACUAUUAAUUUUAUAAUCAAUAGGUAAACAAAAAACUGACUAUAAUCGUAUUGUAUAAUAUUAUUCAUUCGAAAAAAAUCUAAAUUCUCUAUAAUCUACUGAUAAAAUACCUAGUUGGUGAAUUCCAUCAAUAACAUAUAUUUUGCGUGUCAUUAAUUCAGUCGCUACAUUCGUCUUUGUUUAAUUAUCUAAUCAACGGACCCCGACCAUUAUUAUUAUAAGUUUAUCGGUAAAGAGAUAAAAUGGUUUUAUAUAAAUUAAAAGGAAAACGUUCUCAAGUUUCACAUUAAAUUAUUUUCGUAGCGAUGGGGGGCUUAACAUUCGAAGGCGCAUUGAAAAAUAUCAGUCACAUCCAGCUUGAAUUUAUCAAGGAGGUCCUCGAGAAAAGGGGGUACAAUGACAGAGUGGUUCAUAUAGAGGCGGUCGGGGCGGCCGGAGACAACUUCAUCGCCAACGUCAAAAGGAUAACAGUCGAUGGCGAGAAUGGCCCCUUCAAAAUGAUCGCUAAAAUCGCCCCUCAAAAUGAAAACGUUAGGAUGGCCACACAAACACAGGUCUUAUUUGGCAACGAACACCACAUGUACACUGUUGUUUUGCCGAAAUAUCAGCAGCUAGAAGAAGAAGCAGAGAUUCCUAAUGACGACAGAUUCAGAUUUGCCGAAUGCUAUGGCUCAAGCACUCAAGUCCCGCAUGAAGUGAUAUUACUAGAAGAUCUACUGGUGCCGGGUUUUAAGAUGCUGGACAGGUUCACGUCUCUAUCUGACGAAUGCAUUCGGUCCACGCUCAAAAACUUCGCAAAGUUCCACGCUCUCUCGUUCACGCUUAAAAAUAAACAGCCAGAAACCUUUAAUUCGCUGAAGAGUAAAUUAUUCGAUAUGUGGAGUCACAUGGAUAGCUCAGCUGAUAUAUACUUCGGAAAACUAGAAGCUGGUGCUGAGCAGCUCGUGGAGGGCGAAGAAAGGAAGAAUAUAAUCAGGGGUGCCAUUGGAAAGGCGCUUUCUAUGGCACGAAAAAUUGCUCAAGUCGAAUCAGGGUCAAAAUAUUUCGUCAUUCAACAAGGAGACUCGUGGACUAACAACAUAAUGUUCAGAUAUGAUGGUGAAAACCUCGUCGAAUCAGUAUUGAUCGACUAUCAAAUCUCCAAAGAAACGAGUCCCGUCUGCGACAUCCAAUACAUGAUCUUCAAUUGCACCGACCACAAAACCAGACUCAAAUAUUUUAACGAAUGGCUCGACUAUUAUCACGCAGAAUUAGAAAAACGCCUAACGAAUUUCGGACUUAAAAUCGAAAAUGUCUACCCCAGGGAACAAUUUGACGCCGACAUGAAGAAAUAUAGUGGAAUGAUGUUGGGACUCUCUACUAUUCUCGCAAGCGUACUAACCAUGAAUUCAGAGGACGCUGGGAAAAUGAAGGAAACGAUGGAAUCGACAUCACCAGAUGAACUACCAGCAAACAACGAAGUAGAAGAUUACAAUGUUGAGCACACGAUAAAAUUUAAAACUAGACUCGAAGGUCUUAUAGAUAGUUAUCUUGAAUUCAAUUUAAUUUAGUUUAUCAGUAUUAUAGAAAUAUGAAAGCUAUAUAAUUCAAGUGUUUAUAAAACAUACCGUACGUUAGUGAAUAAUAAUGAUAAAUGUAGAAUGCGAGUUUUUCAAAUGUUAAAUGAUAUUAUUGAGUUAAAAAUAAAUUCUAAAAGCGUUUUCAAUUGUAUUAGAGGCGUCGAAGCCGCAUUGAAUAAUUGCAGCAGUAGUCAGCAAACCCCUACCACAAUGAUGUAGUUAAUAACUAUAUAGGUAUAUUCAUUCUCAUUUUUCCUAUCAUUUAAUCCUAAAUGGAUACUAAAUCUAUGCAUGGAAAAUUCCUUUAAUAUAAUAGAUUAAGCCUUUAAAUGGUUUUCGCCGCUGUAAGUGUCGACUUCUUUGCGGAGUAUUAUCGGAUUCAUUAGAUUAUAGAUUAAUAAAAAUUUUGUUUUAGUUAUUA